UGAGGAAUGUUCCCAACUCGAGCUCGUUUAUUCAGCACAUCGCUCUCGCGCAAAAUGAAGAUCGUGCCCGUCCCAGUCAGACAAGACAACUACGCUUACCUGCUCAUCGACGAUGCGACUAAGACCGCUGCCGCCGUUGAUCCGUUCGAUGUCGACAAAGUCAGCGCCGCUGCUAAAGGCCUGGGAGUGGCCCUGGUAGCGGCGAUAACUACCCAUCACCAUGAAGAUCAUUCGGGAGGCAAUGCAAGCUUUGCCGCGAAGUUCCCGGGCGCAAUUAUCUAUGCGGGCUCCGACAAAGCUCCGGCCGCGACGAAGCUCCUGAAGGACGGAGAAGAGUUCACCUUCGGUUCGAAUAUCCGCAUCAAGUGUCUAGCUACUCCUUGUCACACUCAAGAUUCCAUCUGCUAUCACGCAACAGAUGCCUCUGACCCGACGCACCCGGGCGGGGUAUUCACUGGCGAUACGCUGUUCAUCGCCGGAUGCGGUCGCUUCUUCGAGGGCACGGGCGAGGAGAUGGACAACGCGCUGUCCUAUCUCGCAUCGCUGCCCGACGAGACAAUCACUUACAACGGACACGAGUAUACCGCAGGCAACGUCGCGUUCGCGAAAUCCAUUGAGCCCGACAAUCCCGACGUCGCGCGUCUGGAGGCCCUGGUGAAGGCGAACACGAUCACGACUGGUCUUACUACGAUCGCGGACGAGAAGGCUUGGAAUGUGUUUAUCCGUCUUCAAGAUGCUGAGGUCAGACGUGCUGUGAAUGUGGGACAGGACGCACCAAGGUCGGCCGUCAUGGACGCUCUGCGCACAGCAAAGAACAAAUUCUGAGCAACACCCAAGCCACGGAGGCAUUUCUGCUGUAUAUUCAUCACGUGUCUCAGCAUACGCAGAUAGCAACCAACUUGUCCCCAAAGCAUACAUUUGGAUUGCGUGAGAAAACGACCGCCCGAGUUUCUGCUACCCUCGAGCAGAAUUUUCCAUAGGUCGUUACCCACAUGAUGUGGACUGGACGACGGAUGAGUGAUAACAGCUGCGCAGGUAGCCCAUUCGCUCGCAUCCGAGGGCUUGCAGUCUUCCCGCUCAAGUCCAACGAUCCG